AUGGCUGCGCAAAUCAUUGACUUGAAGGAGCGACAACAGCUUCCUCAGGCCGAUGCUUCCAGCGGCUUCGCAUCGUCCAGCGGCCUCAAGGCUGAGACCAGCCAACACCAGCUUAAGAUUCCAGAUGCUCUGCGAGAGGCCCUUUCUUCUUCUGAUUUAGCGUGGUCGCAUUCCAAUGAGUCAUCAAACGACUUCCGGUCGGAUAGUUACACAAAGCCUUCAUUGCCGAUGCUAGAGGCUAUCAUUGCUACGAGUCUCGGGGACGGCGACACAGACGAGGACGUGGUAACUCGCUCCUUGGAGGAGUAUAUUGCCGACUUGGUGGGCCACGAAGCCUCUCUUCUGGUGGCCUCAGGUACGAUGGGUAACCUGGUGGCUCAUCAAGCGGCCCUCAAGACCCCGCCUUAUUCCAUCCUGGCCGACGCUCGAGGCCACUUUCAUACUUUCGAGUGCGGCGGCGCGUCCUAUCUUACCGGCGUUUCUGUCCGGCAGGCCUUUCCUUCGAAUGGCCAUCACCUUACAUUGGAGGACGUAAAGCGCCAGGCUACAAUGGGGGAGUCAAUAUACGAAGUCCCCACCAGGAUCAUCAGCCUGGAGAACACCCUCAACGGCACCAUUAUGCCCCUCUCCGAUGUUCGCGCCAUCUCUCAGUGGGCGCACGCACAAAACCCGCCCAUUCACCUGCACCUGGAUGGUGCUCGCGUCUGGGAAGCAGUCGCCGCCGGAGCGUUCACUCUACGGGAGAUUGGGGAGUAUUUCGACAGCAUCCAAUUAUGCUUCACCAAAGGGGUUGGAGCACCUCUUGGCAGCAUCGUCACUGGGAGCUCCGCCUACAUCAAACGUGCACGAUGGAGUCGCAAGCUUCUUGGAGGUGGAAUGCGCGCCACUGGGCUCAUCGCCGCGUCGGCAAGAGUAGCCAUCGACGAUGUUUUCUUUGGUGGGAAGAUGAAAGCAGCUCAGGGGAAGGCCAAGUACGCCUCAGAUCUUUGGGAAGAGCUUGGCGGAAAGCUUGCAGUCCCGACCGAGACAAAUAUUGUCUGGCUCGAUCUUCCGGCGUCUGGCCUCAAGUAUGAGGAUUUCUACCCCGUUGCUAAGAACUUCGACCUCAAAUUUCGAGAUCUCCAACCGGGACGUCUCGUUUUUCACUACCAGAUUUCCGACAGUGCAUUGGCAAGACUCGCCGACUUUUUCCGGGCAGUCCUGCUCUAA